CUGAGAGCAGCCAUGGGCUCCGGAGGAGCGGGUCUCCCUGGGGUCUGGUGGCCCCUGCCUCUCCUGCUUCUGUUCGGCAUGGGAGGCACGGCUCAGGACUCCCCACCCCAGAUCCUAGUCCACCCACAGGACCAGCUGCUCCAGGGCCCCGAGCCCGUCCAGAUGAGCUGCCAAGCCUCGGGCCAGCCGCCUCCCACCAUCCACUGGCUGCUGAAUGGGCAGCCCCUGAGCAUGGAGCCCCCAGACACACACCAGCUCCUACCUGAUGGAACCCUGCUGCUGCACUGGCCCUCCACCCAGGCUCACGCCCGCAACAACCAGGCCCUAUCCACGAACCUGGGCAUCUACACAUGUGAGGCCAGCAACCGGCUGGGCACAGCGGUGAGCCGCGGCGCACGGCUGUCUGCGGCUGUCCUUCAGGAGGAUUUCCGGGUCCAGCCCCAGGAUACAGUGGCCACGGUGGGCGAGCAGGUGAUCCUGGAGUGCUGGCCACCCUGGGGCUACCCAGAGCCCACGGUCUUGUGGUGGAAGGAUGAGAAACCCCUGGCCCUCCAGCCAGGGCGGCACAGGGUGUCCAGUGGCUCCUUGCGGAUGCUAAGAGCAGAGAAGAGUGACUCGGGGACUUAUAUGUGUGUGGCCACCAACAACGCGGGACAGCGGAAGAGCCGGGCAGCCAGGGUGUCUGUCCAGGAGCCUCUGGAGCUUCUGGCCGUGCGUAUUCAGCUGGAAAACGUGACCCUCCUGAACCCGGGUCCCUCCAAGGGCACCAAGCCUGCGCCUGCCGUGUGGCUCAGCUGGAAGGUCAGCGGCCCUGCUGCCCCUGCCCAAUCCUACACGGCGCUAUUCAGGACCCAGCCGGUGCCAGGAGGCCAGGGAGCUCCGUGGGCAGAGGCCCUGCUGGCUGGCUCGCAGAGCGCGGAGCUCAGGGGCCUCCGCUGGGGCCAAGACUACGAGUUCAAAGUGAGACCGUCCUCCGGCCGGGCUCAGGGCCCUGACAGCAACGUGCUGCUCCUGAGGCUGCCUGAGCAAGUGCCCAGCGCCCCUCCCCAGGAGGUGACCCUAAAAUCGGGCAAUGGCAGCAUCCUUGUGAACUGGGUCCCACCACCUGCUAAAAACCACAAUGGCAUCAUCCGUGGCUACCAGGUGUGGAGCCUGAGCAACACCUCAUGGCCCCCAACCAACUGGACAGUGGCCGGCGAGCAGACCCAGCUGGAGAUUGCCACCCAAACGCCAGGUUCCUACUGUGUGCAGGUGGCUGCCGUCACCGGCGCUGGGGCUGGGGAGCCCAGUAGCCCCAUCUGCCUCAUUUUAGAGCAGACCAUGGAGCGAGCCACCCGAGAACCCAAAGACCCCGGCCCGUGGAUCCUGGAGCAGCUGAGAGCAACGUUGAAGCGUCCAGAGGUCAUUGCCACCGGGGCUGUCCUGCUCUGGCUGCUGCUGCUGGGCACCACUGUGUGUAUCCACCGUCGGCGCCGCGCUGGGGUGCACCUGGGCCCAGGUCUGUAUAGAUAUACCAGCGAGGACGCCAUCCUAAAACACAGCUGCCUGGCUGAAGGCCGAAGCUGGAGCCUGAGGUUGGGGUCUGACAGGCCCACCCUGGCUUGUCCCUCAACGGCCGACUCUUCCUUUGCAGAGCUGCACCAGGCCAACAGCUCCCCGCUGCUCCGGGGCAGCCACCCUAUGGAGCUCUGGGCCUGGGAGGCAGGAAAUAAAGGCUCCAAGAACCUUUCCCAAAGCCCAGGACCUGUGCCCCGAGCUCUGGUUGCCUGGCGGGCCCUGGGACCACAGAUCCUCAGCUCCUCCAGCGAGCUGACUUGCCCUCUCCCGCCAGCACCCCUCUCUUCUCAUGAACCCCCCACUCAGAAUCCACAGACCCAGCACGCGGCAGAGCCCCGAGCUCCCUCCCCGCACCCCCUGUCAGCAGCCCCCAUCCCCACCUGCAGGCCCUCCAGUACCGCCAGCCACUCCAGCCACCAGGCCUCCUCCCUGUCCGGUCCCAGCCCAACCUCUAGUCGCCUGUCCAGCUCUUCGCUGUCAUCCCUGGGGGAGGAUCAGGACAGUGUGCUGACUCCUGAGGAGGUGGCCCUGUGCCUGGAGCUCAGUGAGGGUGAGGAGACCCCCAGGAACAGCGUCUCUCCUAUGCCAAGGGCUCCUUCACCCCCCAGCACCUACGGGUACAUCAGCGUUCCCACAGCUUCAGAGCUGGCAGACAUGGGCAGAGCUGCCGGAGGGGUAGGGUCCGAGGUGGGGAGUUUGCUGUGCCCACCUCGGCCCUGCCUCACCCCCACCCCCAGUGAGGGCUCCCUGGCCAAUGGCUGGGGCUCAGCCUCUGAGGACAACGCCCCCAGUGCCAGAGCCAGCCUGGUCAGCUCCUCCGACGGCUCCUUCCUGGCCGAUGCCCACUUCGCACGGGCCCUGGCAGUGGCCGUGGACAGCCUUGGCUUUGGUCUGGAGCCCAGGGAGGCAGACUGCGUCUUCACAGGUGCCUCAUCGCCUCCCUCCCCCCGGGAUGACCGCUUGCUGACUCGCACCCUCUCCCUGCCCCUGUGGGAGUGGAGGUCAGACUGGCUAGAGGACCUGGAGAACAGCCACAUCCAGCGACUGGGCAGAGGGCUGCCGCCCUGGCCCCCCGACUCUUAGAACUCUCCCCAGAGAAGCCAUCUCAGCUGCGCUGCACCCAAGGCUGGCAAGACUCGUCCUGAGGCAUGUCCCCCGAGACUCCCCCCCCACGGCCCUCCAAGAAGAGACUCAGAACUCCCUCUCCUAUCAGCCACGGGCCCUGAGGAGGGCUGGGCCCUGGACUGCAGCUCUUGGUCGGUGCAUCUCUGCAGUUGAGUACAUCUGGCCUCUAGGAGAGCUCGCCCUCCUUGACCGCGAAAAGGAAUGAAGUAACACACAAUCAAAGCAAAGCAGACCCGGAGCCCCCGGAGCGGAGUAUGGUCUCCACCUGGCGCCUUGCUUAUCCUCGGCUCUGCCCAACCCCACAACCAAACUGUUUGGCUUAAGGAGCAGCCCAUCUCCUGCUCCCCCACGCACAGGGAUCGUGAGACAUGGGUGAGCCAGGGGUCUUUCUGGGGAGCAGGGCAGCUUGUGGGGGUGGGCCGUGGAGGAAGGGGCUCCUCAAGCCUCCCCUCAGCCUCACUGGACCGUGUUCCGUACGGGGCCUCCACCCCCAACACCAUGUAAAGGAGAUACAGAGCAGAGCCCUGAGCCACGAGGCCCAACCCAGCACCAGGGCAAAGUCCCAGAGGGACCAGGGAGGAAGCUCCAGGGCGGGAGGUGCGGAAUGCGGGACAAAACCACCCUCCCCACACUGCUGUCAGUGAGCCCAAGGAAUGAAUACUAUGACAUGGCAAU